GUUUGGAUGAUUUAAAGUGUUUUUAGAAAUUGAGUUUUUAUAGCUUAAUUUAUAUAAUAAAAAUGAAAAUGGAUUAAUAAGAAUGAACAAUGGAAAAUACAAGUUUAAGUUGGUCAAAUAUUGAAAAAGGAGUUAUUAAAAGUCGAUUGGAACAAUACAAUUUGACAUCAACUGUUCCAUCAAACUUUACAUUUUACAAAAAUUUAUUAAUCUUUCUUGGUGUUCCAAAAGGAUCAUCGUACACAAAUGAUAAUACAUUAAUAUAUGUAAAUAUUGAAAAUGGUUUAUGGGAUACAAACAGUGUUAAAACAUGUGGAUCAGAGAAUAGCUUGUAUUCGACUUAUCAAUGGAAUUUACUAUUGGAUCCACAUACAUGCAUUAAUUCAUCUGUUUAUUCAAAAGAAGAAUCACUACUGCGAGAACGUAAAAGAAUGGUUUCUCAUGGCAUAACUUCAUAUGAGUUUAAUGAUGAAACUGGUUGUUUGCUAUUUCGUAGUGGUAAUGAUAUAUAUUCUGUAAAUGUGGAGCAGAUUGCUUCUGGUGAAGUUCAGUAUGCUACCCCUCAUGUCAUCCCAACAAAUCUUUUUGGCAGCAAAAUGGAUACAAAAAUGUGCCCCUGUAAUCCAAAUAUCUUAUCAUUCAUUGAUCAUGGUGAUAUUUGGGUUGUGAAUACAUUAGGUGGAUCAGAGAUGAGGUUGACAUUUGUUAGAGAUUCAUCACGAGAAGAAGCUUUAUCAGCAGGUGUACCUGCAUAUGUAACACAAGAAGAGUUUGACCGAUUUACUGGAUAUUGGUGGGAACCAGUUUAUCACCAAGACAAAGGUUCAAUGCAGAUGUACAGAAUACUAUAUGAAGUAGUAGAUGAGCGUGCAGUUGAAGAAUUUCAAAUGGGAUCACAUUCAGAAGUGUCAUUCACAAACUUUGUUGAAAACUAUAGAUAUCCAAAGGCCGGAUCAACAAAUGCAAAAUCAACUUUAAAAAUAGUGGAAUUUUGUUUAGACUGUUCUUUAAAUCAGUUCAUAGCUGGUUCUAUCACUCAUUAUGAGCUGUGCGUAGAUUUUUAUGAAAAGUUUUCAUGGGUUGAAUACAUUGUGAGAUGUGGAUGGAUGCCAAAUGGUGAACAUAUAUGGAUUCAAGUUUUAAACAGAGCUCAAAACAGAUCUGCAUUAUUACGAAUACCAAGCUCUGCAUUUUGUACUGUGAAUUCAAGCAACCAUGUAAAUGAAAAAAUUGACAUCUUGUUGGAUGAAAAAUCUGACUACUGGUUUAAUGUCUCGAAUGCUCUUCACUUUCUAUCACCUUGUUUUUGCAAUGAAAUAUCAUUUAUAUGGAUGUCUGAAAAAACCUUUUUUAAGCAUUUAUAUAGAUAUACGGUAACAACAGAGGAUGAAACUUUAGAUAACAUUGAUAACAUGGAAAUAAAUAAUAGUGAAUAUGUCAUUCGUCAUUGUCAAGUAUUAACAGAGCAGCCUUUAACUCAAGGAGAGUGGGAUGUGGAUAGUGAAAAGAUUUGGUUAGAUGAAAGAAAUGAUUUAGUUUAUUUUCUGGGUAACAAAGACACACCUCUAGAAAAACAUCUUUACUGUGUUUCUUUGACAACACCUGAAUGGAUUGAGCGAAUGACUCUGCUUGGUUAUUCUCAUUCUGUUACUCUAAGCAAAGAUUGUUCUUAUGCAGUAAUAUUAUCUUCUUCUGUGACUUCAUUAACUCAAGUAAAUCUGUGCAAAAUUAAUACAAUCUGUUCAGCAGAACAAAAAAAAAUAUCGUUGCACAGUGUAGGUUGGGUGGAAGCUCCAAGAGAUGUUCUUCCUACCUCUAGGCUUCCUGAAUUGUUUAGGUACAAGAACGCCCAAGGUUAUGAUAUCUAUGGGAUGCUGUUUAAACCAGUGAACUGUACAGAAGGUGAGAAGUAUCCAACAAUGUUGUAUGUUUAUGGAGGACCAGGUGUUCAGUUAGUCUCAAAUUCACAACGCUCUGUUCGUCGAUUAAAUUUGUAUGCUUUACCAUCAUUUGGUUAUGCUGUUGUCAUGCUGGACACAAUGGGAUCAUGUAAUAGAGGGAUAAGGUUUGAAGCAGCCAUUCAAAAUUGUAUGGGUCAGAUUGAAAUUGAACAGCAGAUUGAAGGUUUAAAAUUAAUAGCAGAAAAAUCAGGAAUAAUCGACAUGAACAGAAUUGUAAUUCAUGGCUGGUCAUAUGGUGGCUACUUAGCUUUAAUGGGAUUGGCUCAGCGCCCUGAUAUAUUUAAGGUGGCUAUAGCUGGUGCUCCUGUUACAUGCUGGCAAUUAUAUGACACUGGUUAUACUGAACGUUACAUGAAGUCUCCAGCCGAAAAUAAGAAUGCUUAUCAAGAUAGUUCGGUCCUUAAAUUUGCUAGUCAGUUCCCUAAUGAACCUAACCGCUUGAUGAUAAUCCAUGGUCUUAUGGAUGAAAAUGUACACUUCAGCCAUACUAAGGCCCUUAUCUCUGAACUUAUUAAGGAAGGCAAGCCCUACCAGCUACAAGUUUACCCUAAUGAACGCCAUGGAAUUCGAAAUGCCGCUGCUGCCAAACAUUACGAGACUAACGUUGUUUGGUUUUUACAACAAUACUUGAGUACAAUCACGUGAGUAAUCUCUCCGCCAUAUAGUUAUGGUCUAUGGUCACGUGAGCUAUCUCAUUUAAGUCUACCAAUCAUAUGGUUUUACCUUGUUUGUAUCCAAUUAACAAACUUCUCCGUUUCAAUAUCCUACACGACAAAAAAAUAUAGGCUUUUAAACUUAAUUGCAUUUUAAGCCAAUGUCAAACCAAUAUUUGAUGUAUAUGUGUAUCUAUGUAUGUGUGUGUGUAUGUGUGUGUGUGUGUAUAUAUAUAUAUAUAUGUGUAUAUAUAUAUAUAUAUAUAUAUAUAUAUAUAUAUAUAUAUAUAUAUAUAUAUAUAUAUAUAUAUAUAUAUAUAUAUAUAUAUGCGCACACACAUAUGUAUACAUAAACACACACGUACCAUUCAUCUGGUUAUACUUGACAUCGAAGCUCAAAGGAGAAAAAACUGUAUAUAAAAUAAUAACUUUGAAUGUAUAUUCAUCACUAGAUUACGGUGCGCAAAUUACCGUACUUGCGUAUGUCCUUGUUCAAAAGUUUUUGAAAUAAAAUUAAGAACGGCUGUAUUAUAAUAUAUUUUAUCAAUUUAUAUUUUCUGAUAAAGCAAAAACUGAUCGUUUGUAUUUCUUAAAAACGAAAUACUGCUAAAUGUUUAA